GACGAAGCACCGACCGUGCUGUACGAACCGUAACUCAACAGGCCAGCAGCUCUUCGUUUCUUUUUCUGUUUUCAUUUUAAUUCGUUGGAGUGAUAGAACACCAGUGUAUUUGUGAAAUCAAAAAUUUAACAAACCGAAUCCAAUAUGCCCACGCCCGAUCAAAUUUUGAUGAGAAAAAUAAAAAAGCGAGAGAAGAAGAAGUUACAGCUUAUUAAUGAGAAAAUUAACGGUGAUGUUGAAGAGCAUGAAGAAAUUGAACCUGCCCCAGAACUGGAAGUACAGAAAAGACGACUUGGGGAUAAUGAAAAAGCAGUACCUAAAAAGAAGAAAAAGAAUUUGAAACAAGAUAUUGAGCCACAGCAACAAGCAAGUGACAGUGAAACUGUUAAUAGUUCAGAUAGCAACACAGAGGUUGAAAACAGCAAUGAAAAUUAUAUUGGUAAAGAAAACCAAUUGCUUGGUUCCACCCUUAGUGAUGGUAUAUUAUCCAAUCAGAAAUUCUCUGAACUGGAAGGAAAAGUUUGUGAACAAACCCUCAAGAGCAUCAAAGAUAUGGGGUAUACUACUAUGACAGAGAUUCAGGCUAAAACUCUCCCUCCCCUACUUGAUGGAAAGAAUGUAGUCGGUUCUGCGAGGACAGGAUCUGGCAAAACUCUAGCUUUCUUAAUACCAGCUAUAGAACUUAUUUAUAAACUUAAAUUCAAACCUAGAAAUGGUACUGGCGCAAUUAUUCUGUCACCAACAAGGGAAUUGGCCAUGCAGACAUAUGGACAGUUAAUGGGAUUGAUGAAAUAUCACCAUCACACUUAUGGUUUGGUUAUGGGAGGCGCAGACAGAAAGAAAGAGGCGAAAAAACUAUUUAAUGGCAUUAACAUAUUGGUGGCAACACCUGGUCGAUUGUUAGAUCAUAUGCAAAACACACCAGACUUUAUUUUCAAAAGUUGCUUUUGCGUUGUGAUUGAUGAAGUUGACAGAAUGCUGGAAAUGGGUUUCGAAGACGAAAUUAAACAGAUUCUGAGACUGUUACAACCAAAUCGCCAAACAAUUUUGUUCAGUGCCACGCAAAGUAAGAAAGUAGAGGCCAUUACAACUGCAUUUUUUGUAGGAGAUCCACUUUAUAUAGGAGUGGAUGACCACAAAGAACAAGCAACUGUAGAGUCUUUACAGCAAGGAGUCUUAAUAUGCCCAUUAGAAAAACGUUUAUUGGUCCUAUUCACAUUCCUAAAGAAAAGCAGGCAGAAGAAAAUCAUGGUGUUUUUCUCCACAUGUAAUUCUGUGAAAUUUCAUAAUGAUCUGUUCAACUAUAUUGAUCUACCUGUAAUGUCUAUACAUGGAAAACAAGAGCAAGCAAAACGUACGACGACUUUCUUCCAAUUCUGUAACGCCGAUACUGGAAUACUGUUAUGUACAGACGUGGCUGCCAGAGGAUUAGAUAUACCCGCUGUCGACUGGAUCGUGCAGUAUGAUCCUCCAGAUGACCCUAAGGACUACAUUCAUCGUGUAGGUAGGACGGCACGUGGUCUCAGAGCAAAUGGACAUGCGUUAUUGUUCCUACGCCCUGAAGAGUACAACUUCCUCAGACAUUUGAAAAAGGCUAAAGUAAUAUUGAACGAGUUUGGAUUUUCUUGGGAUAAGGUUCUUGAUAUUCAACAACCGCUGGAAAAACUAAUAUUAAGAAAUACUUCGCUGAACCAGGCAGCUAGAGAUGCAUACACGACUUAUGUUAGAGCAUAUGACUCUCAUCAUUUGAAGAGCAUAUUCGACAUUAAAUCAUUAGAUUUAACCGCGGCUGCAAAAUCAUUUGGUUUCGCAGUGCCACCCGCAGUUGACCUGAAAGUGGCAAGUCUACAACCGCCCCAAAAGAAGAAAGAAGGCAGAUUCUCCAAAUCCCAGAAUGCGAAAUCAAAUUUCAAACAAAAAGUUAAACAAAAUAAAUUUAAGCGACAAAAAAAUAUAAGUCAGUUAUGAAAAAAUAUGUAGGUUUUUACAUAAGAUUGUGUCAAAUAAAAUAAAU